AUGGUGAGAGAUAUUACAAAGGCAGGUCACAGUAAGAGGAAGCAUACUAAGGAAACUGGUGGCAUAUCACAAGACUUUGAUGCAAGGGAUGUGAAUCACAUGGCAGGUCUCCAAGAAGUACAUACACAAGUUAGUAAAGAAGCUACCCAAGAUGGACCAAUUCCAAGUAAUGAUAGUUCUGAACAAGAUGCGGUCCAAGAAAAUGCAUCUGUACAAGAUACAGUUGAAGAUCCAAGAGGAUUGAAAAAGAAAAGAGGUCCAACCAAAAUGAAGAAAGUUGCUAUGGACCCUGAGAGUCGGAUUCAAGUUCAAUUUAACAGCUUGGGUGAACCAUAUGGAGAGGGGUCAAUAAGCUUGUCAUCUUUUUUGGGCCCUCUUGUACGAGAGCAUGUACCUGUAACACUAGAAGAUUGGAGGAACCUUGGUGAUGACCUUAAAGUACCAUUAUGGGAAGAAGUUCAGGCAAGAUACAUCUUGGAUGAAGAAUGGCAAAAAGAUGUCAUAUUUAAGUCGAUGGGAUGCCUUUGGAGGGCCUCAAAAUCUAGAUUAGUUCAUCAAAUACAAGCAGCAAAGAACAAACAAGAAAGACUUCGGCUGAAACCAAACAACAUACCAACUUUAGCAAUUUGGAAGAAGUUUGUCAAGACAAAAACAAGUCCAACAUUUAAGGCUAUAAGUGACAAGUACAAGGCAUUGAGGCGUAAACAAGUACCACACACAUGCAGUCGCAAGGGAAUGGUUCGAUUAGCAGCUGAUAUGAAAAGAGAUAGUGCCAACCCAUCUUCAGUGUCAAGGGUUAAAGUUUGGAUCAAAUCUCGCACAAAAAAAGAUGGUACACCUGUGAAUACAACAGUUGGUGAAACUAUUGUAAGGGCAUUCCUUUGUCAGUCUCAACACUGUUGUCUAGACGUCACUUGA